ACAUUCCCUUGCGCGAUGGUUGACUCGCACUGUAUGCGCGUCCAGGCAGCAAUGGACAAAAUGGCUAGUUUAAUGUGUCACAGAAGAAUCACCCACCACCAUUUCUCUCUUUUGAGCACCAGCAGCCACGUCCCAGUCCUCGUGUUAGGUCUUCUUCCUCCUCUCCUCCCUGUUGUUCUUUGGUGUCUUGGAUCAUCUGUGGAGCUUUGCAUGGAUACUACCCAGUGGCCUCAGGGCGUAGGGAUGAUGAUGAUGAUGCCCAUGGUGGAUUUUGCUCCCUCCGCCACAACCGCCACUGCUGCAAGCAACACAUGCACGGGAACCAGAGCACAGCUGACGGAGAGUACGAGGCCAAGGUCGCACAAGGAGCAGGCCCUCAACUGCCCCCGGUGCAACUCCACCAACACCAAGUUCUGCUACUACAACAACUACAGCCUCACCCAGCCCAGGUACUUCUGCAAGACCUGUAGGAGGUAUUGGACUGAGGGUGGAUCCCUAAGGAAUGUCCCUGUGGGUGGUGGCUCGAGAAAGAACAAGCGGUCCUCCCACUCCUCCGCCACCGCCUCGACCACCACCACCACAAAGUCCACCUCCUCCAUCGCAUCAGCAUUAACAACCGCCUCAACUUCCAAGAAGUUCCCCGCUGACCUCAUCCCUCCAUCGAUCUCACUCUCCGCCAGCUCUGAAGCUCCCAAGUAUUACGAGAGACAGGAUCUCAGUCUGGCCUUCCGACAGCAUGGCCUUCCUGAGUACAAUGACUACCCCAACCUGGAAACCAGCAGUGCCAACAGCAGCAGCGGUGCUCUGUCUGCCAUGGAUCUACUGAGGGGUGGGAUGACUACAAGAGGCCUCGGGUCUUUCAUGCCGAUGCCGGAAUACCCUACUGGAUUCGGAUUGCAGGAAUUCAGGCCACCUACUCUUAAUUUCGAUUUGGAUGGAACUGCCGGAGAGAGCAGGAGCUUGCCCGGAAUGCAGGUAAGUACCAGCGGUAAGCUGCUGUUUCCCUUUGGGGACGUGAAGCCGGCUGUCCCUUCAAACAUGUUCGCAGAGCAGUUUGAGAAGAAUAAGGGGCAAGCUAGCGACCCUCCUGCGUUUUGGAAUGGUAUCAUUGGAGGAGGAGGAAGAGGAGGAGGCUCAUGGUAGAACAAAAAGAUAGAGAGAGAAAGCCUUCUUGGUGUCUAACAAGAGACUGUGUUUUGAUUCAUGAUGGUGGAUCCGACCACGCUGUUUGCAGUAGUUAAAGCCUAAGUAGAAAACGGAUGAUACAUAUUUAUGUUCACUUGUCUUCCAACUCUUAGCUUCUCUUAUCCUCAUCAUUGUGGAGUACAUCUGAAGCUUCAUUUCA